CCUUCAAUGGAAACACCAACCCACACACACACCAUUUCCUUUUAUCACAACAUCAACCUGCUUCCUCUUCAACCCUUUUUUUUUUUCUUCUCUUCCUUCACCUCUCAGGCUUGGCUUCCUCUCCAAUUUACAACACUAAUUCACAUAACCCAAAGUUUCAUCUUCAGGAUCUGACACUUUUCCAAACAUACAAUGGGGUUAGCCAUUUAGACAGCAUCGAUAUCUAUCUCUUUUUCUUUUCUUCCUCCUUUUGCCCACCCACGACAGCCAAACUUGUCUUAAUCUCGAAUCCUUUCUUCUUCUCCCAAUUUUGUUGGCUCAUUUAUGUUUUCAGAUGCAUGUUCCAAGAGUGUUUCCAUGAGUUUGUUCCGAUUCCUUUUUAAAUUUUCAACUGAAACCUGUUCUGGGGAUUUCCUUUGAUCAUUGCGAUUAAUAAGUUGCAGAAAAUUUCCAGUUUUUUGAAGGGACGAUCGUUGCUGGCUUGGGUGUAAAAGACUGAGUUUAUAUCCAUCGUCGCUGAUAGAAGCUUUGGAAAUGUCAUUAUUACUUGAAUUUUCAACAUAGAUUUACAUUUUCCAUAGCUUCAGAACUGAAAUUCCGGCACUUUUUUCUGCAGCCAUAGACGAAGUUCUGGCCGGACCUGAUUUAGGUAAACGAAAAAUCCCGUUGUUUCAGAAUUUCAGAAGGAAUUGAUUGCUGUUCUAGUGUUAAUUUGUAAGGGAAGGGUUGAAGGUUGAAGAAAUGGAGAAAGAGUCAAGUAUUCGAAGCAAUAACAUGGUGUCUGGUGGAAGAGAUAAAAACGGAGGGGAUGGGUCGUUGCUGUUGAGGGCGAGUUCCGAUGGCGCUAGACAGGGAACGACGUCGGAUUUGGUGUUGCAGUGGGGAAAUCGGAAGCGGUUAAGAUGCAUGAAAGUGCAGGUUAAAGAUGAUUCUUCAGGCCCGGUUCAGAGGACAACGGUUCGGGUGGAUCGCCGGGUCGUUAGAACCGAUAAGGAUUCUUUAAAUAAACCCACCUUCGGUGUCAAUAAUAACACCCUUGGAGUUGGACACACUCAUAAUAAUAACAAUAACAAUCAUCAUCAUAAUCAGAGUAACGGGUAUCCAAAUCUCCGUCAACGGCCUUCUUCUCCGCAGCAACGAAUUCUCAGGAACUCAGAAGGUUCAAGUGCCAUGAGAGGAGGACAAAGCAACGGGGGCGUUAGGGGAAUUGCCUCACCGGACAGGGGUGCGCACGAUAAGAGGGGGACCCAUAACAACCACCUUAAUGACAACAACAAGUCCGCAGCCUCAUCGGAUACUGCGCACGAUAGCAAGAAGGGAGGGUCGCCCUCCGGCAGCGGAGACGCCGCUCCGCCUGUGUGGCCCCCAAAAUUCGUGAUUGCCUUGACCAACAAGGAGAAGGAAGAAGAUUUCCUCGCCAUUAAGGGCUCAAAGCUGCCUCAGAGACCCAAGAAGAGAGCUAAAUUCAUUCAGCGCACCCUCAAUCUCGUUAGCCCUGGCGCAUGGUUGUGCGAUCUUACCUUGGAACGAUACGAGGUUAGGGAGAAGAAAAUAUCCAAAAAGAGACCAAGAGGUUUGAAAGCAAUGGGAAACAUGGAGUCUGAUUCUGAGUAGAGAGAUAAGUGAAUGAUGAGGCUAUGAAUGUUGAGAAGUGAAGGUGCUAAGCUUUAUGUUUGGUAAGGAUGUAGGAAAUGCAUGGAUUUUUGUAAAGCAUGGCAUGACAUCACAGCUGGGUGUCAACUCAUCGAAAUCAAAAUAUUAAAUAUUUUAGCUUUGCCACUGCUUAGCUUAAUCUCCCUGCCUUCAUUUCCUUUCUUUCCUAGUCUGGAAAACUGCUUUGGAAUUGCAAAUGACUAGGUGUUCCUCAAGGAGGGGCAUUUUCACUAACACAAUGUGUCUCACAACACCUUUGACAACAUUUUCUAUUGUUCAUUUUAUCACACAAAUUAUCAUUUACCCCGUCA